AUGUUGGUGGAACACGCGACACAAUGGGCCUCGCAAGCUAUCGGCGGCACAAGAAUCGAGAUCCUCUGCACGUUUCUCGUGUUCCUAGGUGUGUUAUUGGUGGCAAGAUGCUUACAAUGGCUCAAGUAUGUGCGUUCCCUGCCUCCAGGGCCUUGGGGUGUACCCGUGUUUGGUUAUUUGCCAUUCCUGAAAGGCGACGUUCACCUCCGAUACGGGGAACUCGCGAAAAAGUAUGGUCCAAUGUUCAGUGCUCGACUAGGAACGCAACUAGUAGUCGUUCUUAGCGAUCAUCGUACGAUUCGCGACACGUUUCGUCGGGAAGAGUUUACUGGCAGGCCGCAUACCGAGUUCAUCAACAUCCUCGGCGGAUAUGGUAUUAUCAACACCGAAGGUGCUAUGUGGAAAGACCAAAGAAAAUUUCUUCACGAUAAACUCAGAAGCUUCGGCAUGACCUAUAUGGGCGGUGGAAAGAAAAUUAUGGAAUCGAGAAUCAUGCGCGAAGUCAAGACAUUUCUUCACGGACUGGCAUCGAAACGGGGUGCAGCGACGGAUGUUUCAGCCUCCCUCGGAAUGUCAAUCAGCAAUGUAAUUUGUUCGAUCAUAAUGGGAGUGCGUUUCCAACAUGGAGACGUUAGGUUCAAGAGAUUUAUGGACUUGAUCGAGGAAGGCUUCAAACUGUUUGGCAGUAUGGCUGCUGUGAACUUUAUCCCUAUGAUGCGUUACUUGCCUUGUCUGCAAAAGGUUCGGAAUAAAAUAUCGCAGAAUCGCGCGGAAAUGGCCGACUUUUUUCAAGAGGCAGUCGAUCAACAUCGAGCAACUUUCGACGAAACAACCGUACGGGACCUCGUUGACGCGUACUUACUCGAGAUCGAGAAAGCGAAGGGAGAAGGUCGUGCGAGCACGCUUUUCCAAGGAAAGAAUCACGAUCGACAAAUGCAACAAAUACUCGGCGACUUGUUCUCCGCUGGCAUGGAAACUGUAAAGACCACGCUAGAAUGGGCGAUAAUUUUGAUGCUGCAUCAUCCGGAAGCGGCAACUGCUGUGGAGGCAACGAUACUCGAGGUUCUUCGAAGAUCGAGCAUAGUCCCCUUAGGAACGACACACGCAACCACAAGAGAUGUGACGUUACACGGUUUUACGAUACCGGCUGGAUCUCAAGUGGUGCCGUUGCUGCACGCCGUACACAUGGAUCCAGAGCUUUGGGAGAAGCCGGAGGAGUUUCGACCGAGUCGGUUUCUCUCGGUCGAAGGUAAAGUCCAGAAACCGGAAUACUUUAUGCCUUUCGGUGUCGGCAGACGUAUGUGCCUGGGCGAUGUGUUGGCACGCAUGGAAUUAUUCCUGUUCUUUAGUUCGUUGAUGCACACGUUCGAGUUGCGAUCGCCGCAGGGUUCGUCCUUGCCGAGCUUGCGCGGUAACGCCGGUGUCACAGUCACGCCGGAUCCCUUUGACGUUUGUUUGUUACCGAGAAACAUGGAUCUCAUCGAGGAUGCGAGCAACGAUGUCAUCUCUCCCGGUGUCAUCCUUCGAAACAUCGGCAGUUAUUGA